AUGCAAUGUCCUUCGUUCGGCGAGUCCCUACGCUCACCAACCUUUCAAUUCCUCGUGGGUCUCGAGCGGACGGCAUACAAUGUCCAUUCGAAUUUGGCCGUUCAACUCUCGCCGGUCUUCGCCGCCUUGAUCAAUGGGAACAUGGUCGAGAGCAUCGAAAGACGGGCCAUCUUGGACGACAUCGACGAAGAUACGUUUUUGCGCUUCUGCGAAUAUGCCUACAAAGGGGACUUUUCCGUUCCUCCACCUAAGAUUGUCGUCGACCCGAAAUUCUCGUCAUCGCCACAGUUGAAAAAUCCAACCACCGACGAAAUUACUUCAAGCCAUUCAGCAACCACCCACGCUGAUGGGUGUGCCGAAAAAUUCUUCGAGAGCAGUAAAGGAGUGAGGCUGAACAGGUUGGCAGAAGACCUCUGCCCACCGUUCAACAACAAGCGCUACAAUCCAGGUUGGAAAGAUCAGAUUUGUCGGCCAGGUUCGUGGUUAAGGAGGCGUAAAAGUCUUCGAAACUCUACCAAUCGUACGACAAACAUUCUGGCCGAGACUGCGGCUGUCCCAAAUCUUCCAGAUCGAAACUCAAAGCUAGGGAUCGAUUGGGCCAAGUUUUGCAACGUCUCCCCCGAAUGGGGUGGCCCUGUUUUCUACGCGUACAAAAAUUACACGCCCUCGGAAAGCUUUACAGAGACCCUCCUGGCGCAAGCAAAAUUGUAUGUCUUUUGCGACAGGUACAUUGUUGAGCCGCUCAGAUCUCUGGUCCUGUACAAAAUGCAGCGCACCUUGGCCUCUCUGAACUUGUUUCCGGAGCGAGUUCCAGAGAUUUUCCUCCUGAUUCAGUACAUCUACGAAAAUACAAGCGAUGGCGACGACCUAAGGACGCUGCUCACUCAAUUUGCCGCCUGCAUGAUAACCGUUCUUAUACAACACCCCGACUGGGGCAUAUUCAUUCGUGAGCAGCGCUCUUUCACUUCGGAGCUGUUACAACAUCUGAGGAAAAGUGUGGAGACUGUUUGA